CACUAGCGCACUAAAUAGGGGGACAAAAGUGCUGCACUGCCUUGUAUCGUCCUAUUUGUAGCUACUACAUAGUACGGUAGUAUGUAGUAGGAGAGAUCUUUAGAGAGAGAGAGAGGGGGAGCACUGGUUCUGGCGUUGGAGAAAUAUAUCACAAUGAUGGAGGUCUCCACAAGGAGGAUGCGAAAUCUGGAGCCGGCAAGGCCACUGCGCAGACUAAAUAGUAAUCAAGUGGUCCAGAGAGAAGUAGUGACUGAGCCUGUGGAGAACCCUGGAGAAAGACCAAUAAACACGAUGAAAGUGGAGCAUUUCUGUGAAAUUCUCAAGCUGCAGAGCCAAAGUAAAGCACCUGCAAAACCAGAGAGAAUAUCGUACAGCAGAGACAUCUUGAUCAAGUUGGCAAAUGCACCAAUGGCAAAGAAAAAACCUGACUUUCUGCCAGAUCACCCAAUAGUUUUGGACAAAGGGAGGGAACCGGACACACACGAGUUAUUUGGCAACAGCUGCGCUAAGAGGGAUAUUUAAACGGGAUCCUGGCUGCAAAAGGUCACCUGAAUAAUGAUUCCUGUUGAAGUUUCAACUGAGCCUUCUCAACUGUUCCAUCUUUAUCGAGUAAUAAUGAAAAACUAAGAAGCAAUGAGAACUCCUCCUCUGAAGAAUUUUACAGUACUGUACGUCAUUGCCUUUGUGGAAAUGGUUCAAGUUCAGAGCCUUCAAAACGCUUUUGGAUAAGUUUCCAUUUUGACCUCUGACAUUAUUUGUUUUGGUAUCUAGACCACAUCCUACAGUUUCUAAUUUCAGUGUGUGCUCUUUAAUUCUUACUUACUAACAUUCAGAUGAACUUGUGUGACUUUUUUUUUUUUUUUUGAAGUGGAAUACUAACAGAGUUUUACUAAUAGAGUUGUGCUGCACUUUGUGCCUGAGGAGACUGUAUGCCUGUCCUUCAAUAUGCAAGUUUAAGUUUACAUGAUUCCAUAAUUCCAGAUUAAACUAAACUUCCUGCACAUAUUUAUUUGCCAAAAUGGAUGCUGCUGCUUGUAUGGCAAUGUGCCUAACUGUAAAUAAGGGGUUAUAAGGGGAAUAAAGGGGUUGGAGUUCUGUGCAAGCAUUUUGGGCUGUUGAUUUGAACAUGGUACUUUUCAGUUACCGAAGUCAAUGCAUGCACUCAUUUUACUUUUUGUUUGAAAUGUAUCUAAAAGGAAUAUUUGUAUAUAUUGUAUUUUGUAACUGUUUGUGUGUUUUGGUGAAGUUCAUAACUGUACUGUAGUCCUGACAAAUACAAAUCUUAUGCAAGACA